AAGAAAUGAUUUCUGACAAUCCCGUAUUAAAAAGCGCUGAAUUCAUAUAUGAGCAUAGUAAAGAUGUCCGAAUUACCAAAGAGGGAAUACACAAUGCCGCCAAUAUUGUAUUUGAAAACAUCAAACAAAAGAAAUAUUCUGUAAAAAACUGGAAGAUGAAUGAUCUGCAUCCUAAACAAGCAGACAAAGCGGCUAUCAAUUGGAUUUUUCUCGUUGAUUUGCUAAAUUUUUCCUUUUGGUCAGACCUCGAUAAAGAGGAUACCCCGGGACACUCGUGUCCUGACCGAUUUACUGUUUUAUAUAACGAUCGUUCGCAUACGGGUUAUUGGUCAUUAUGCGCCGCAAUUAAUCGAGCUUUGCAAAAAGGAAUUCCUAUUACAACGCCGGAAUUUUAUGCGUCAAAAGAGAGAUUGAGUGAUCUCGAGAUUAAGCAAAUAUUUAAAUCCGAGACAAGUGAAGAUAUUCCACUUUUAGAGGAGCGAAUUAAAUCAAUUCGUCAAGCUGGAAGAAUAUUAACUGAGGCGAGUAAAUUCAAUGGAACCUUUCUCACUUGUAUCCAACAAGCUAAUCAAUCUUCACUAAGAUUGCUUACUAUUAUUGUAGAAAAUUUCCCUUCGUUUCGUGACGAGGCGUUAUUUUUAGGAAGAACAGUUAAAUUUUAUAAACGUGCACAAAUAUUAAUCGCGGAUAUUUGGGCAUGUUUUGAGGGUUUAGGUUAUGGCACUUUUCACGAUAUUGAUGAGAUUACAAUAUUUGCUGAUUACAGAGUACCUCAGGCGCUUCACCAUCUCCAAGCGCUUUCUUACUCUCCAUCUCUUGAAGCUACCCUCGAUAACUAUACCCUAUUAGAAAGUGGAUCACGGCUAGAGAUAGAAAUUCGCGGAUGUUCGAUAUGGGCAGUUGAACUGAUACGCCGUCAUAUCGCGCAGAAAUUAUUACCUUCAGAAGAUGGAAAAAUUGGAGCUGAGGAUAGCGAACCACUUCGUGUCAAUGCCAUACUUUUAGAUUUCUAUAUCUGGGAUUUUGCGUCGUCCAAUAAAACAAUGUUGAAUGUGAAAAUGCAUAGAACUAGAAGUAUUUUUUAUUAG